CGCCGUGCCCCAUCCAUGCGCCGCUGCUGCCCGGCUCUCUGCAUCAGCAGCAGCAGCCGCGGCACCACCGGCCCCGCCCGCCCCAACGCCGCCGCCAUCAGCAUCGCCGCCCCCCUCCCGCCCGCCGCCGCCGUGUCCCGCCCGCCGCUCCUGGUGCUGGUGCUGCUGCAGCGCCGCCCCGCGCCGCCCGCUGCUGCGCCUCCGCCGCACAAAAUGGCGGCCGGUGGGAGCGGCGGGGGCCCCGGGGGCCUCUCCUCCUCCUGCCCGCAGCCGCCGCCGCCGCCACCGGGCAACGGCGCCGCCGCCGCUUGCACCAACGGCGCCCCCCCGGCGUCGCCGCCCGGCCUCACCUACAACCAGUGCGGCGCCGCCAACCCGAUAAGCUUCUUGUUUGUUUAUUUUUUUAAUUUUAGAUUUGUGCUGGCUGUGGGCAGUGCAGUCUUCGAUGCAAUGUUUAAUGGUGGAAUGGCCACAACGUCUACAGAGAUUGAGCUGCCUGAUGUGGAGCCUGCUGCCUUCCUAGCUUUGCUGAAAUUUCUGUAUUCAGACGAAGUUCAGAUUGGACCAGAGACUGUUAUGACAACGCUUUACACAGCUAAAAAAUAUGCAGUUCCAGCCCUGGAAGCUCAUUGUGUGGAAUUUCUUAAAAAAAACCUCCGAGCAGACAAUGCAUUCAUGCUGUUAACACAGGCAAGACUUUUUGAUGAGCCUCAGCUGGCCAGCCUUUGCCUAGAGAACAUAGACAAGAACACGUCAGAUGCCAUCAAUGCAGAGGGGUUUACAGACAUUGAUCUAGACACCCUGGUUGCGGUGCUGGAGAGGGAUACCUUGGGGAUCCGGGAGGUUCGUUUGUUUAAUGCAGUGGUUCGCUGGUCAGAGGCUGAGUGUCAACGGCAGCAACUUCAGGUGAUUCCAGAGAACAAGCGGAAAGUACUGGGCAAAGCACUUUCUCUUAUCCGCUUCCCGUUGAUGACUAUUGAGGAGUUUGCAGCAGGGCCUGCCCAGUCGGGAAUCCUCACAGACCGCGAGGUGGUGAGCCUGUUCCUCCACUUCACAGUGAACCCAAAGCCACGGGUGGAGUUCAUCGACCGACCACGCUGCUGCCUGCGGGGGAAGGAGUGCAGCAUCAGCCGUUUCCAGCAGGUGGAGAGCCGCUGGGGGUACAGUGGGACUAGUGACAGGAUAAGGUUCUCAGUAAACAAAAGGAUAUUUGUAGUUGGGUUUGGAUUAUACGGAUCCAUACAUGGGCCAACGGAUUACCAAGUAAAUAUACAGAUCAUCCACACAGACAGUAACACGGUCCUGGGGCAGAACGACACGGGGUUCAGCUGUGAUGGAUCAUCAAACACUUUCCGGGUCAUGUUCAAGGAACCUGUUGAGAUUUUACCCAACGUCAACUAUACAGCAUGUGCUACUCUCAAGGGUCCAGAUUCCCACUAUGGAACCAAAGGACUGCGCAAAGUGAUCCAUGAAUCACCAACAACAGGAGCCAAAACUUGCUUUAUGUUCUGCUACGCGGCUGGGAAUAACAACGGCACUUCUGUGGAGGAUGGACAAAUCCCAGAGAUCAUCUUCUACACAUAGUGCAGCUGCGGAGCUGGCUCUGGACUUUUCUGUUCUCUUCCCCGUGACCUUCCAAACUAAAUUUCUGGCUGAGUUUGACCACACCAAUUGGAGCCACACUAGCCAAAGGUCUCAGUAAAACCAUUUCAAAGCUCAUGUUUUGCCUUGUGCUAGUGAUUCUGCUGCUAUCCCAUACCAGACUAACUGGUUUACCAGUGUCAUUUGUAGGUUGUCUGUGGCUAGUCAUUUUUCACUUUACUGAUUAAUCCUAUCUAACAACAUGCAUUUUUUUUGACUGUAAUGAAUGUAGAUGCUUUUCCACCAGUCAGAAGCAUGGAAACGAGUGGCUCUGGUCAUGGUUACACUUGCUGUGAGGAGCAAAUCCUGCAAAAAGAAAAAAGACACAGUCAGGGGCUGUAUGCCCCCUCCUCCUCUGCUCUAGCGCAGCAGUUGAGGUGAAGCGGUUUGCAGUGCUUGGCCGGCAACACCACUGCGAAGGCAGAGCUCGACCAGCCUGCGCCUGGCGCGUCCCCUCCUGCUGGCUGCAGCACGUGCAGCCGCCUUCAAAAAGUGACAAAGUGGCCUUUUCCCUGGGGCUUGCUGUUUCAGCACUACACGGUCUUGAGGGAGACCUCGAAACUAGAGCGCCUCUAGAGACGACAGUGUUUUCAUGCUACUCUCACUAAUUUGUGACAAUCCUUUACCUUGGGCAGUUGGCGACAGCGAAGUGAGCUCCCCUGCAGGGCUGGGAAGGGGCAGUGGCUCUGGCAUGGCAGACUUCGCCCUCUCCUGGGGGCAGCUGCUGUGCUGAGUCCCGUGGUGCUUCUUCCAAACUCCGUAUGGUGUUGGAAAUGGUGGGUGAUGCUCAGAUAACCCCGUGCAGCGUGUAGCAGCAGGGAAAUCUGUACUAGUCGUUACUGUGCUAAUCAAAUCCUUUGUUUGCGGAUAGUGCUGGGAUUUGUCAGUUGGAGCAAGCAAGGGAACUUGCCUCACCUGGCCCCUGUGUUCCUGUGUAUUGCUGCUGUUCUCAUGCACGUUUCAAUGCAUUUUCUAUUUUUUGUUUGUUUGUUUCUGUGCAUUGCUAACCCACUCCUAGGCUGCUUCAGAGCACUGCUGCCCUGAUGCAAAAUAGGAAGAGGCUUGAUGUGCAACCGCCUGUUACCUAAUAACGCAGCAGAUGGACGAGGAUUUAUGGAACAGUUUAGGAAAACAUUAAAGAUUUUCUGUUUGCCGGUGUGUAUUUGCAGUCUGCCUGUUUGGACAGGCGCAGGAGGAAGAUACGGUAUUUCCAAACAUCACCUGGCUUUGGGCUGGUUAGUUCAGUAAUCUUGAAUAAGCUCCCUUCUUACCUGUUCAGGACUGGUGGUUUUCCCCGUCAGCAGGUUCAGCCAAGUAGGUAAAGGUGCCCUGCAGGGAGGAGGUGGGAGGCACUGCGCGCUGGAGGCUGUUUAUUUCCCUCCCUCCGCAGAGGAAGCCCUAACUAAAGGACAUCUUGGCAGGGUGUCCGGAGCCUUCCAAAGUCUGCGUGGGACUUGCUGGCACGUUGUGGUGCUGCCUCAAAGUUGAGGUUCCCUUUUGCAAACCUCUCCCUCUGCCCUGGGCGCACGAGGCUGCCCAGACCGGCCCGGCAGCAGUUGCCACCUUGUUCAGCUGCUGGAAGUUGAAACCUGGUCAUCCUUUGCUGAUGCGGAUGGCCGAGUGCCUGCUCGCUUGCUGGGGAAGUUGCAUCUCUUCCCCUUGCUCCCUCCACUUGGGCUCUGUCCUCAGCCUGUGGCCAGCUGGGUGUCUCCUUGUCAGCCAUGCAGCAGUAAUACAGUCAGGAACACCCCACACCUCGUAAUCAGUAGCUAUUAGAGAUGUCAAUAGUGUGUUACAUUCUCUAGGAAGACGUAAGAUGUGUAUAUUGUAAGCCUGCUUCAAGGUAGGAUGUUUUUAAUAUGGCCAGUACAUUAAAAAAAAAAAAAAAAAAGGAAAAAAAAAAACAUCUGAUGGGUCCAUGACUUAGUUAUUGAACCUGACUCUGUGCAAUGCAAGCGGUGUUGUGAGGCGGGUGGGCAGGAUGGGUGAGCUCUGCCCUGUGAGGGGCAGCCCCUUGGGGCACGCACUCCUGCUUGCGCUCUGCCUCUGCUGCUCUGCUCAGAGGCGGCAGCAGCUUCGCUUCCCUGCCCGGAGCCACCUUGGGGCCUCCGUGAGCCCCAUGACGGGUGGGUGGUGCGGUGGGUGCAGCACCUCGGGCACUUCUGUAUAUAGGUGGCAAUAGUGGAAAUAAUUGGAAUAUGAAAGAAGCAAAGCUGCACACUUGGCUAUCUAAAGAGCAGGACUUGAAGGCGGGCCUUGCUGUAACCUAGCUCAGCUGAGGUGGAUGGGCCCUUGCUGGCUUGUCCCUGAAGCAUCUGUUUUUACUGCUCUUUUGUUAUGCAAUUUCUUUUCCCAAAUUCACCUUUCCUGCUUUCAAGCCACAAAAGGUAGGUCUGGUUGCUUGUCCUGUCGGGGAUGGAGAGGAGUCAGACUCUGAACUACACCUGAGCAACUUCUGUUCGUAUGGCUUUUAUGCAGUUUGAUGCAAUUCUGGCUUUUGUAGAUAGAUGAAUGUAAUUCAUUGUUGGACUUGCCUGUUUCCAAAAGUAUGAGACGUUCUGUUGUACCAUGUCACCUUCCAAGCAGAGCUGGGACUGUCUCGACUCCAGUGCUAUAUUGAUGAAUGUAUCCGAUGCUCUUGUUCAGUGUUCACACUCUGCUUUUGGCCAGCUUUGUGAUUUGUAAAUAGGAAAUCAAUAAAGACAUUCAGGUUGUCUUUACA